GAUUUUCAGAUUGUGAAGCAGAGCAGCGACGGCACGGCGGCAGCAGCGACGGCACGGCGGCGGCAGCGACGGUGGCCUUGGAAGUGGUGGCGACUGAGGGAGGAAGAAGAAAGAAGAUGAGAUGGGCUUUCAGAGAUAGUAGAAUUUGUAACCUAUUGUAGGAGUGAAUUAGAUUUGAAGAUACUAACUUUUAACCGUUAACUGUAACUGGUCAAUCGAUUUGGAAAAGGGAGGACUAUGAAGAGCUUUCUGGAAUUCGUGCCUUGUUGCGGCUAUCCGAUCCAACCGACGGCGCCGACGACUCUACCGUGCACUGAAGAGUCACGUUCUUCGUCAUGUGGGCAACGCCGGAGAUUGAACAGGUCAAACUCUGUGUCAUCCUCGGCGGCUCAGUGGCAGCCUACGCUUUGCGCGAUUUCGGAGGAUAACGUGGUCUCUGUUGUGGUAGCCAAAACAGAGGAAGUUGCAAAAUCCGGCAAGAAAGUACCCCGGAAGACCUCUUCGAAGGCUGAAAUUCGAGUCCAUACCAGCUAUGGUGACAGCUUCGCGCGAGCUUCAGUUCCGUUAGCCAUCCCUGCGUUCUCUCCGACGGCAUUCUUAUUUUAAUGGAUCUCCUAUGGUGUCAUCCCGCGAGGCAUUGUUAAUUCUAUUUUAUUGUAUCAAUCCAUAGUCCAUAGAAUCCAUAGAUAAUUAUGUAAAGUGUUCCUGGACAUUUAGAGACUGAAACUAUCAAAGAAGAAUCUUCAUCUUCA